ACGUGCCUUUAAGGAACUAGAAUGAGAACUGCGUGAAGUGGGUUGGAACUUGACACGAAAUCAGAGACUUGACUUUAUCCGCGCUCUAGUUUUGAGAAUGGAAAUCUAUGGCUUGCGGACAAGGGAUGCAAUUUGCCAUGUUUUUGUAAACAGGUGGUGAAUUUUAUGAGGAUAAUUCAGGAGGCAUACAGGAUCUGCACACCCCACCGCUGGCCCCGUCGGCACGGUAAUUUGGGACAGGACAGAGGCAGGACACUCUUGCUAGCUGCCACACCAGCUAACUCCAGACAUUGUCCCCUGUCCUCCUGAUGUUGAGAAGUUUGUGUGGUCACACAACUGCCUCAACUACUGCUGUAUUGCUGUGAAGAUUGUCUUUGUUCCGGCUUCCUGAUUAAGUGAAACUGUCAACAACAUAUAUAUUCUCACAAACUGCAGUCAGUCAGAGAAGUCAAGAUGUCCAUCACCAACACACCUACCAGCAAUGAUGCCUGCCUGAGCAUUGUGCACAGCCUGAUGUGUCACAGACAGGGUGGCGAGAGCGAGACGUUUGCCAAGCGGGCCAUUGAGAGCCUGGUGAAAAAGCUAAAGGAGAAAAAAGACGAGCUUGACUCCCUUAUCACAGCUAUCACCACCAAUGGCGCCCAUCCCAGCAAGUGUGUGACCAUUCAGAGGACACUGGAUGGACGGCUGCAGGUGGCUGGACGUAAAGGGUUCCCUCAUGUAAUCUACGCCCGGCUGUGGCGGUGGCCUGACCUGCAUAAGAAUGAACUGAAGCACGUCAAAUACUGCCAGUUUGCCUUUGACCUAAAGUGUGACAAUGUGUGUGUCAACCCCUAUCACUAUGAGAGAGUGGUGUCGCCUGGCAUAGACUUAUCAGGACUGACACUGACCAGUUCUGGGCCUAGCUCUGCACAGAUGGUUAAGGAUGAGUAUGAUUUUGAUGGACCUCAGAGUCUGCCCUCUAUUGAGGGAGGGCACUCUAUCCAGACAAUUCAACACCCCCCAUCUGCCGGCCGUCCAGCCCCUUCUGAAUCCUUUACAACCCCAAGCCUGCUCCCAUCUGCUGAGGCCUCCACCUCUGCGUCAACAUCAUCCUUCCCUGCCAUUGCUGCUGGAUCAGGCAGUGCCAGCUCAACAUGGUCUAGGAACAGCAGCUUCACCCCCAACAUACCCCACCACACCAACGGCCAUCUACAGCACCACCCUCCUAUGCCACAUCCGACACACUACUGGCCGGUGCAUAAUGAGCUCGCCUUUCAGCCUCCUAUAUCUAAUCAUCCAGCUCCAGACUACUGGUGCUCAAUUGCUUAUUUUGAGAUGGACGUACAAGUCGGGGAGACUUUUAAGGUGCCCUCUUCUUGCCCCAUCGUGACAGUGGACGGCUAUGUGGACCCCUCAGGGGGAGACCGGUUCUGUUUGGGUCAGCUCAGCAACGUACAUCGCACUGAGGCUAUUGAGAGAGCAAGGCUUCACAUUGGCAAAGGGGUUCAGCUGGAGUGUAAGGGGGAAGGAGAUGUGUGGGUGCGUUGCCUCAGUGACCAUGCAGUGUUUGUUCAGAGUUAUUACCUGGACAGAGAGGCGGGCCGAGCCCCCGGAGACGCUGUUCACAAAAUCUACCCCAGCGCUUACAUCAAGGUGUUUGACCUCCGUCAGUGCCACAGACAGAUGCAACAGCAGGCUGCUACGGCUCAAGCAGCUGCUGCAGCCCAAGCAGCGGCUGUGGCCGGAAAUAUACCUGGACCUGGAUCAGUUGGAGGAAUAGCUCCAGCUAUUAGUCUGUCAGCCGCAGCCGGGAUCGGGGUAGACGACCUCCGGAGGCUGUGUAUUCUCAGGAUGAGUUUUGUUAAGGGCUGGGGGCCCGACUACCCCCGCCAGAGCAUCAAGGAGACCCCCUGCUGGAUCGAGAUCCACCUGCACAGAGCACUACAGUUACUGGACGAGGUGCUGCACACUAUGCCUAUAGCAGACCCACAACCUCUGGACUAAGAGCUUUACAACUGCAGCAUCACACUCCAACAUACAGUGGCAAUGGGAAGUCUUCCUCAGAAAACAGUUCAGGUGGAGAAGCCAGUGAAACAGCUGCAACACUGAAUAUGUCCCACAUGAAAAAAAUGUUUUCAGGUGUGUUUGAGGCACCUUUGUGCACUGUGCCCCCUACUUUUGCAUUUUAAGCAAGACUGACACUAAAACAAGCCAAAGCCAUGUAUUGAUGAUAUCUUUAUCUCUAUUUUUGAUAGAUGGCUUUGAUUUGUGAUGGCUGGGAUGAUGAACUGUAGGACUAGAAAAAGACAUCACAGAUAACUACAG